GCAAUUUUACGAUUGACUGUUAUUGUUGCUCAAUCACCUUGAAUAAUCAUCGAAAUCGAGAAUAUCAGAACUCAUCUAUGGAAGUGAAGACUAAAACGAAAAAAACUAAUAGUGACUUUUGGAGAAAACAUGCAUUCUGACAUUGUAUGAAGAUUUUGCUGCAAAAUGAAAAUUACUACCUUUCUAUUAUGCUUAAAAAGGGAAAGCCAGAACAUGCAUUUCUACAGACAUGUUUGUUCAUAGAAUAAUGUGAAAAACUCAUGAAAUCACCUUCAUGCACACCGUCAUAAAUGCUUCGAUUUACUUUUCUAAAAAUGUUCAGAGUAUUUAUUAUUACCAGCCUUAUCAUUUAGAAAACUAAACUAAUUAGUAAACUAAUCAAAAAUUCUGAAAAGUAUUCUUUGUUAUUAUUAUAAAAAGACAAUUAUUUAAUUAGGGAAUACGAAAUUUAUACCUAUAAUAUUACGUGAAUCAUGUUUGAUAUUCUUUCCUUCCGGGAAGUAAUAUUUGAUGUAUUCACUGAUUAAUUUAGCAAACAAUAAUUUGUGAAAGUUUGCAACUCAAACAAUUCAACUAUUUUUUGGAAAUUCGGUCGUCAUUUCUUCGUUUUGAAAAUAACGAAGAUAUACGUUCAUUACAGAUCUUCACCAAUCACUUUGCAUUUCUUUUGAUUGUUUUGGCAAGGUUGUUGAUUAUACGCUAGAACACGAGCAUUCUUAUUGGACAAGCUUCUUAUGUGUUUUAUUUUUAAAUCUGAUUGGGUAAACUUAAGCUACUGAGAAACUACACUAGUGGCAUUUAUAAAUUAAUGAAAAUUAGUGAAACAAAUAAUCUUACCAUGGAACGUCUUAAAGACUUUACUAGAUUCUGCUCAACAGUUAGAUACAGAGUAUUAAUAAUCUUGGCAUUCUCAACUAUUAGCUUUGGAAUUUGGUAUAUAUGGGGUCUUAGUCUAAACGAAAUAGGACAGUACAUUUCAAACUACCAAACAGCAAUAUGGAAUUUCGCUGGACGGCCUACUUAUUACACAAACUUCAAAGAUUUCAGAAAUGACGUUAUGAUUGGGCGUCUUCAGCUGAAUAAAACCGAGAAACGUGAAAUUAUCAUUUACGGAAAGAUGUUGGCUUCAAUGAACAAAGAUGUGACUAACUGUCCAGUGAACAAUUGCAUUAUUCAUACUGAUACAACUGAAUGGGCUAAAAGUGAUCUCGUUUUAAUUCCAAACGGAAUAUUUCCUUCGGGAAAGCGCCCACCAAAACAAGCUUGGGUUGCGUUUGAAUAUGAAUCAGCACUCCAUACUCGACUUAGUGAUGAGCUUAAUGAUAAAAUUAACUUCACUGCAUCAUAUCGAUUUGAUUCAACUAUUCGUACACCUUAUGGAAUGUACACACCAAAUGAGCUGACAACAGACGAUAUCGACAAAACAAUUCAAUCAACAAAAUUGGAGAAUAUCGCCAAAGGAAAGGAUAGAGCUGUUGCUUGGAUUGUGAGUAACUGUCACCCUAAAAGUCCAAGAAACGAUUAUUCAAAUGAACUAGCUAAAUAUAUUACAGUCGAUGUGUAUGGUCAAUGCGGUCGGAUGACCUGCUCUGGUUCAGAAUGCUUUGAUUUGGUACGGAAACAUUACAAGUUUUACCUGAGUUUUGAAAAUUCACUUUGUCAAGACUAUAUAACAGAAAAGUUCUUUUAUAAUGCCUUAAUGAACAAUGCAUUACCCAUUGUAAUGGGUGCUUCGAUUGAAGAAUAUCACAAGGUUUCACCACCUCAUUCUUUUAUUCAUGUGGAUCAGUUUGAGAAUCCAAAAGAACUGGCCAAAUAUUUGAAUUACCUUGAUAAGAACGACACUGCAUACAAUGAAUACUUUGCUUGGCAUAAAAGGGGUGUUGUGACUGUGUGGUCGUUUAAGCCAGAGUGUGAAUUCUGUAUACUUGCAAAUGCUCUUACUUACUUCAAACCAACUGUACAUGAAAACUUUAUGUUUUGGUGGAAGGACGGAUGUAAGAAUAGGACAUUAAGAUGGAAAAAAUCAGUUUAGCUAUUUGUAAAGAAGGUACAGAAGAUCAAAUGGUGGAAACUCAUUUUUCAAAUACAGUAUCUGUACAUAGGUAUCUUUUGAUUUACGUUUUAUCUCUUUCAAGUGGAAGCCAUUGUAAAAUCAAAGUAGAACAUUUCCUUUCAGUCUAAAUGUGCUUUUUUUAUAUGUUGUCUUCAAUAAAUAACUGACUACUUUAUGUGGACGUAUUUUUCCAUACUGGCGAAUUUCUGGAUUUUUGUCAAAUUUUGUAAAACCAAUG